UGAGUGUAGAUGUGCACGCCUUCGCUCUCCUUGGGAAUCGAGAGCUUUGAGGUUCGAACCGGAGAGGAAGAAAGCGAGGGAGAGAGAACAAGAGGAUCUUAUUACAUAUCGAAAAGGACGUUCUCUAAGGAAAAACAACAUUGACGAGUUUAUGAGAUUCGAUCCUUUUUUUUCUCUUUCCUUUUUUUUCGUUUACUUUGUUGAUUUUUUCUUCUUUCUCUGACCGUGGCGGUUUUAUCUAAUCGAUGGAUUCAUUAUUAUUUGUUUUAAUUACUAUUCAUAAUCCCGCCGGAGUGUCUAACUUGUUCGAGUGACGUGAGGACGCUAGUAACCGGUGUUUUGAAAAUUGAAAAAAAGGAAAAAAAUCAAAUAUAGAUGAUAAAGAAUAGGCAAAUCAAAUAGCUCAUACAAUCCUCCAGUUUGCACUAGAAAAGUAAAAGUGAGGAAGAAAAGAAAUAGAAGAAGAGAGAAAGAGAAAGAGAGUAAUCUUAUGCCACAAUUAUAGUUAUCAUCACAACAUCAAUCUAACUCUCGCAAUUGCAAGAAAAGGGGUUUAGCGAGAUCAAAAGAUAACAAUAUAUUUGGGAAUCUAGAAAUGUAGUGACGAUAAGACCCAUUGCGAAAAGAAAAGAAAAGAAAGGAGAAUAACAAGCCAUAUGAACAUAUUUCUUCCAUCGAAGUGAGAUUGAGGAACCUCAGACAUUCCGAAGACGUUUCCUCAGCGAAUGGACGUUCAAUAAGAAGCUCGGGCGACUAUGGUGACACCUAUCGGCCGUUCGAGCAACCUCCCGACGAGCAGCGAAGCCCCCCGAGAUCAAAUCAGCGGCGCCGCGACCUGAUUGCGCCAGAUCUAAACAAACGAUCCUUGCUGUCAGCUCGUGCGUCUUGGUAACGCGGAGUUGAUUUAAGGAGAGAUGAAAGAGGCGGAACCUGCGAGUUGUCAUUUAUUUUCAUCUCCGCACGACGCCCUCGCCGCCGCCGCCCUGACCGCGCGUGGGAGGCGGGGAGGGCGGCCGGAGGAGGUGGUGGGCGCUGGACGCUCCCCGCGGACCCACCAUCUCUCCCCGUCCUGCCGAUUUCUUCGGGCAGCGCUGACGGCCCUUUUGCUGGUGAGCAUGGGCGUCCUCAGCGUGGCUGGGGAACCAUCAAAGGCGUCGGAGCUGCGGCCCGCCCUGCCGAGCGGGAUCGGCGGCACUGCCGGCGCGGUAAAAGAAGCAGUAGACGCCCCUAACUUCCACCGGAAGCGCGACAACUCGUGGUACGGCGGCGAGAGGAAGGACCCGCCGCUGCAGCUCAAGAUCGAGUCGAGCGUGAGGACGUACCCGAGCCGCGCCACGAGCCCGGAAGGUGCGAGGGGCGCGACCGGCCCCUCCUACGCGUCCUACGGCAAGGCCAAGUGGGGUCAGGACCUGAGCGGGGGAGGCGGGGUCAGGGCCACCUACAACUCGCUUCCGAAGGGGCAUGACCGCACGACGACCACUGUGGGGGCUGACGACCUGUCGGACCGACAGAAGAGGACAGAGGCCCAAAAAGGGGCCGACGGCGGGACCCCCUCCAAGUACAGCUCGCACCUCGUCCUCAAGGACGGGGCCUACGAAGGACUGGUGGUCGAGGUCAACGAUAGAAUCUCGCAGGACGACUGUCGAACUGUCAUCGACGGCAUACAGACUGUGCUGACGUCAUGGUCUACCGGCCUGUACACGGCCACCGACGGCGGCCUGUCCCUGCGCUCGGCCAUGGUCCUGCUGCCGUCGCACUGGUCCACCCGGGCUUGCCACCCGCCCGCGUCAAGCAGGCCGCCCGCGCCGCCCACGCAGCCCGCACACAUGUUGAUCUCGCCCCCUCACCCCGUGUUUGCCGACGCGCCCUGGACGCAGCAGAGCGGCGGGUGCGGGCGGCAGGGGAACUUUAUCCAGAUGGGCGUGGGAUUCCUGGAGUCAGCCAACACCUCCUCCGCCCACGCCGUCCGCGCUGCGAGCCAGCUGGUGGGCGAGUGGGGCAAGUACCGCUGGGGGCUCUUCUCCGAGGCAGGCUACGCCGGCGACAACCUGUACCUGCCGUGGUAUCGCCAGGGGCCAGACUGGGCGGCCACCGUGUGCACCGACGCCCACGCUGGCCCGCCGCCCUGCCAUCCCGAUCACGCCCAUCACUGCUCGUGGCCGCCAGAAGCACACCGGAACGCCACCUCCUCCCUGCUGUCCCUGCCGAACCUCCCGCAGGUGACGAAGUUCUGCGACUCGAAGACUCACAACCGGGAGGCGCCGACAAAGCAGAACGUCUUGUGCGGACGUCGCUCUGCCUGGGAGGUCAUGCUCGAACACCCGGACUUCAAGGCCAAGUAA